AUGGUAUUACAUGGUCUAUCCAACAAUGAGAACACCAGAUUGGGUCUAUCCAACAAUGAGAACACCAGAUUGGGUCUAUCCAACAAUGAGAACACCAGAUUGGGUCUAUCCAACAAUGAGAACACCAGAUUGGGUCUAUCCAACAAUGAGAACAACAGAUUGGGUCUAUCCAACAAUGAGAACAACAGAUUGGGUCUAUCCAACAAUGAGAACAACAGAUUGGGUCUAUCCAACAAUGAGAACAACAGAUUGGGUCUAUCCAACAAUGAGAACACCAGAUUGGGUCUAUCCAACAAUGAGAACACCAGAUUGGGUCUAUCCAACAAUGAGAACACCAGAUUGGGUCUAUCCAACAAUGAGAACAACAGAUUGGGUCUAUCCAACAAUGAGAACACCAGAUUGGGUCUAUCCAACAAUGAGAACACCAGAUUGGGUCUAUCCAACAAUGAGAACACCAGAUUGGGUCUAUCCAACAAUGAGAACACCAGAUUGGGUCUAUCCAACAAUGAGAACACCAGAUUGGGUCUAUCCAACAAUGAGAACACCAGAUUGGGUCUAUCCAACAAUGAGAACACCAGAUUGGGUCUAUCCAACAAUGAGAACACCAGAUUGGGUCUAUCCAACAAUGAGAACACCAGAUUGGGUCUAUCCAACAAUGAGAACACCAGAUUGGGUCUAUCCAACAAUGAGAACACCAGAUUGGGUCUAAACCGUGUGUUGUAA